UUUCUCUUUCUUUACAGUAGAGUAUUUCCCCGCCCCUUCCCCCUUUGUCACUCGAUGCUCAUUAGGGCUGUGAUUGGCCAGUCGCAGGGAUUCCUCCUCUUCUAUUAGCUAGCUAGCAGAUACGUCAAUCCCGGUUUUUUCACUCGUGUGGGAGCAGAGACUGUUUAUUUGUUAAUAUGAGCAAUCUAUGUGUGGGAGUUCCCUAGACUUGGAGAUGGGGGGAAAGGCGUUCAUCAAGCGGAAUGAAGGUCUGCAGUCUGUCAGAGUGUGAGUAACAGGGCAGAAGCAUGGCUGCUGCCUUCCUGGAUGGCAAGGAUGCUCACUCUGUCCUGAAGCGUUUUCCGCGGGCUAAUGGCUUCCUGGAGGAGUUGAGACAGGGGAACAUUGAGAGGGAAUGUGGUGAGGAGAGCUGCAGCUUUGAAGAAGCAAAUGAAGUGUUUGAGAACAAAGAGAGAACGAUGGAGUUUUGGAAAACUCGCAGCGUUUACACAGUGAGCAGCAACAGCGAGGGGCGCUCUGAGCGUGCCGACACUGUCUACAUGGUGGUUCCUCUGCUGGGCGUUGCCCUGCUAAUAAUCAUCGGCCUCUUCCUCCUUUGGAGGUGCCAGCUUCAGAAGGCUACUCGUCGUCGCCCUGCCUACACCCAGAACCGCUACUUGGCCAACAACCGCUGCCUGCCACGCAUUCUGGUUCACCGGGAAGUGCACACUGAAAGCUUACAGCAGGACUCCAGCUCACGGCCCACUGUGGCAGUGAGUGGUGCUGAGAGAAGAGGAGUUUCCCAGUCGGACUACCAUGGCCUCCACCAGCAGAACACUUGUACCCUCUAUGUCCAGGACUCGUCCCACUCGGUGGCCUCGCGGCUGUCCGGUGCUACACCGCCUCCAUCUUAUGAAGAGGUGACAGGACACCUGGAAAGCAGUGGUGAUGAGACUUCAGCACCUUCAUACAGCGACCCUCCACCCAAAUAUGAGGAGAUCAUAAAGAAAACAUAAGACAGAGGGAGUAAUAAUUCUGUCAUGGCUGCUGCUCCCCUUCUGUCUGAAUGAGUUCAAGGCUGGCAAAAGAGCAGUUACUGCCUCAGUUGGUGCUGCAGGUUACUGAAACUAUUGUUGUAUUUCAUUCUCAUUUUUCUGCACUGAGCAAUACCCUUGAUUCACCCAUGGGUACAACCUAAAGCCAGUCCCCCCCCCAUGAUUAUAUGUGCUACCCAGGAUUAUACAUACAUUUUAGUUUAAACACGUUAUGUAAUAACAUGAUAUUCUGUAAUAAAUAGAAAUAAAUAUACAUACAUACAUUUUCACUUCACUAUGUCGUAAGCACCCCACUUUGUAACAAUUGCUGCACUUUGCCUAAACUCAACGUAGUAAAUGUCUCCGUAUUUUGUAAUAAAUUACUUAUUGCAGUUUUUAUUACAAAAUGUGGGAGUUGUACUUGUGGGAGAUGACAUCUUGAAGUAGUGUGUGAUCAUGAGACCUAUGAAAUCCUGACAUCAGACAAAAUCUGACAUGACUCAAGCAGAAAUAAUGUUUCAAGACAAGUUAAUUCAUUAGUUAUGUUUAUUCAUGCUUAUUCACGUUAUGUCAUUUCAUUCAAACAAAAUAGCCGAAAACCAAUGUUCUGUAACGUAGCAUAAACUUGAUAAAUUGCCAUUAUAGGAGUCAACUACCCAUACAGUUACUGUAGCUAACAUUAUGUGGCAAAUUCAAUACUAGAAAUAACUAUGAGCAUGUUUAGCUUUAACAUUUUAACAUUAAUAUUUUUAAGUCCUGAUUCAAAGAUUUGAGUGUUAAGCUUCUUUUAGCUGUUCCAACAUAGUGACUAAAGGUUGCUUCACUAAGUUUAGCCCUGUCACUGGGCUCCACUAGCAGCCCACUCCCACUUGACCUGAGAUACAUGGCAUGAGUCUACUCCUUAACCAUGUCUGUCGUGUUUUUUGGUCCGACUCCAUUAAUUGAUUUAUAAGCAUUGCCUUAUAUUCUGUGGUCAAUAUUUAUUUUCAAUUAUUCCAUCGAUAAAUAGAGUAACCGCAAAAAGGGAUAGGUAAAUAGAUUUGGUCUUAUUUUGCUUUGGCAAACUGAACGGCAGACUUUGUGCCUGUUGCUACCACAGCAGGUGCGAUAAGGUGCAUGGAGAGGAUUGGCUGGCAAGAUACAAGUGGCCCUUGUAGCGGGUUCCUGUACACAACAUAGGGCGGUGCUGUGGGGAAAAAGAGCUGGGCUCUACACUGGCCCAACAGUCAAUGUGACUGUAAGGUUUUCUUGCCAGUGGACUGCCGCUGUUUCUUAUCUCUCAGUGUGCAUUUGAUAUGACUCUUUAAACUGUACAUACAUAGUCAAUAGUGAAGUAUUGGGACUCCAAGCCAAUAUUGUUUAGUUGUUUUAGUCUCUUCAGUGUUAGGAUUUGCUGCUUUACGCUGUUUUAUAUCUUUGUAAAUUGAAUACCAUUGGGUUUGGAAAAGUUGGCUUCAUAUAAUAAUUCAUAAUGGUUGCAAGGCAAACAUAAAUGCAUCAUUUUGCUACAUUAACCUGACACACAAGAUGGUUUGUUACACAAAAUCAUCUGAGAAGCCGUUAUUGGAAUCUUUUUGGGCAGGCAAUACUUUCCUGUUCUGAUAUAACUGAUGCAAUUGCAGCAUGUACACUAACCUUUUUAGGAGCCACCAUUGUUAUUUUGAACGAACAGUGGUGUAGUUGCACUCAUACACAAUCAUGAAUGUUCGCAAACAGCACAAUCAGUCAGUGAGUCAGUAUGCACUUUUGUUUGUAGAUGUGACAUUUUACACGGUGUGGUGGGUGUAACAGUUUAGUUUUGUGGACACUUAACAAUCAAAGUAAAUCUUUUGGUUUGAAGACAUGGAUUCACUAUCACUGGAAACAUGACAGUCUGUAAAGCUGACAGCAGUUUAGAGCUACUGGGUAAACUUCACAAUGUCGCUCGGUCUGUUUAAAGCUUUAAAUGUUUGAAGGACUCCUUUAUAUGAUAAAUCUUAUGACAUGACGACUUAACAACUGAUGAAGAGGUUCAGCCAAAUCAGUAGGCAUGUUUCCAUCAAAUUUUCAAGCGAAUUUUAAGAAAACUUUUAAAAUGUUGCAAUAAAGAAGAAAAAAUGAAAAUGCAUAUUAGAAGCAUUUCCAUCAACUGGUUUAGAGCAAAUAAACUAGACUACACAAAACGUAGUUUCGUCACAACUUGACGGCAUGGUUGUAGAUUGCAAACCGGCUUGCUAAAUCAAAGAGUUCAGAAGCUAAGUUCUUUGGCUAAAUAGAGAAUUGUACAAGUUGGCCACCUGUGUGCAGAAUACAGGUUGGUGGCAGAGACAUCUGGUGGCAGCGAGACAACCGUUCACCGCUGUGUAUCUCCACUACGCACCUUCUGCCACCACUAUACAGCAUUUUGUAAUGCGAUACUUCAAAAUGCCCUGAUGGAAACGUGAGUAAUGAGUCCAAGUUUUCCAAGUUUCUCUGGCUUAUGUUUGUGCAUAAUACCAAAAAUUAGAUUGGAUAAAUACUAAAGACGUUUCAGAUAUUGUUGACGUAUUUUUCCACGCUGUACCACAGUGUUUUUUGAUGCCACCACUUUUUCAACUCUUCAUAUUGUUCACAUUUUGGCUUUUUACUACAUUGUCGUUAUGAAUACGUAAUUGACAAAAACGUUAUGCAGACUUGAUGUUUACUGUAAUGGACAACACAACUUGAGCAAGUUUCUAGAGUUUGCUAAUAGAUAUUCUUAUUGUACAGAAAAGGAUGGAAACAUUGGUCAUAUUCUCUUUGACAAUCUGGGUUCCCAUGUUGUUGGCGGUAAAAAUAUAGUGUAUAUCAGUCACAUCAUCUUCUGCAACUUUAUUUUUCAGACACCUUAUCUGCAAUUAUUAUAAAAUCUAUUCCAGAGCUGACCCAAUCUGACACAUUAAUAUACAUAUACAAAAACUGUAGGGGUGCACAUAAAGGAAUUACAUAUUUAAAUGUUAAUAAUGAAAACUUAGUAACACAUGUAGAUACCGCAGGCAGAAGGACCUCCACAUUUUCAAUAAAUAAUUUACACUUAGAUUUUCUUCUGCUCAGACACACACUCACACCUCUUCCACAGCCAAAGUAAUGUAACGCAAAGUUGCAACAGCAUGGAUACCAAUUAUUUACUUGAAUCCUCCAACACAAUAUUGGGAUUAAACUGUUAGCUGACCACUAGAGGAAUGUAAGUACAUUUACUCAAGUAUUGUACUUGAGUAAAAUGUUGAGGUACUUGUACUUUGCAUGAGUCUUUUCUUUUCAUGCCACUUUCUACUUCUACUCCACUACAUCCUUUCCACUUUCUAAAAUGUGAAAAAGAUUAUUUACUUUUAAUAAAUCAAGUAAAUUUCUCUUAUGAUACUUACAUACUUUCACUUAAGUAACAUUUUCAAUGCAAAAGUUUUACUGUAACCGAGUAUUUUUACAGUGAGUAUUUGUACUUUUAAUUAAAUGUAACUAAUGUUUUUUUCAAUCUAGACCCAACGUUCCUAUGUUUUUGUGUUUAAGUGACUGAUGGGAACAACAAUCUUUGACAUUGUUCCAGUAUUAAGCAAGAUUGCUGCAGUUGAAGUGUCUGACAACAUUAAGGAAAGAAUCCCUUCAGAGGUAGACCUUUAAAGCAACACUCUACAGGUUGGAAGCGGAAUUGUCCCAUUAUGUCUCAUUGGAACUACAGAUCUGCUACCCAAUCUGGCAAACUUGCAUAGUGCGGUUAUAGCUGAUAGAGAGCCACAAAGCCAAUGCAGAAGUGCCGUUCACUCUGUCCAUACCCAUAAUGUUGUCAGACACGUAAAAUAAACCCAUGUUUACAGCUUUGUUUCCAGAUUCAAGGAUUGUUUAAGAACUUUUUUUUCAUUGUAUAAAUAAGGACAUAAGGCUUUUCAAAUAUUGAGAGGAGGCGCAGAAUUGUAGAAUAUAAUUUUCCCGUUUAACUGUACAGUUUACAGAAUAACAACCAUUUGUGGCAUCCGUGCAGCCUUCACAGAAUCAGCAGUAUAUGUAGGCUACUUCUGUCCUCAAUCAACACAGAAAAUACUACAUGGUUUGCAAAGUUGUUACAUGUGAUGAAAAGUAGGCCUAUGCAUGAUUCCUUCCUAAAACAUUGAAAGGAGUAAGGUUUGGUAAUUAUUUUUACACGUAAAAUGUAAUAUGCUUUUGGUGCAGCUUUACAAUAGGAUUUCUGUCAAAUGUAAAGUGUGUGACUGAAAAACACAUUGUAUUAUUUAGCAAGAUUAGUUGUGUCUGUGCUGUAUGUAGGCCGUGAUGAGGAAUAUCUCCUCUGUUUAUAUUUUAGUUGUAUAUUAGUGGAAUAUUACCUCACCACGUCCGAUGAGGUGCACUUAUUUUUGUAUUCUAUUCUACUGUACGCUAAGUUAUUCACUGCCUUUCCUAUAGCCUGAAACUCUUUCACAUGGGCCUUUGUUUAACCACAUUGCAAAAAAAUAUCCACUGUUUAGAAAUAAUGAAUGAUUGACUUAAUUCUGUAUGUGUCAUGUAAAAAAUAUUUUUCUUUCCACCAAAAUGGAUGUAUUCUAUAUUUAAAUACAAUAUAUCACUCUGUUAUAAUACUUUCAGCACUGCCUUUUUUAAACUUAAAAUAAAUAUCAAACUUGCAUGUUUAUAGAUAUUCUUUUCAGCCAAAGCUGUGUGAAAGAAAUGUUGUACGUCAUCCACCUUUACAAACUGCAGACUUUGUGCACUACUUCACCACUUCUAGUACAGAUUCCAGUACAAGCAGCAAAGUCCAACUGGUCAUAUCCUCCAUAAGCUUAAGAGGAACUAAAUUGGAAAUUUGCUAAUGCAACAUAUUUUCAGCCUGAUGCUUCUGGAGUGUCUACCACUGUUUACUAAACAACUUCUGAUACUGCUUAAUAUUUAGCUAACUUUAAACGCACCACAAGAUCCACCAGUUGUAAGUAACAGACAACAGCAGUGACCAGUGCUAGUUUGAAUCUUGCUAGUUUGAGUGACAUGCAGCAAUGUUUCUGUUGCCUCUAACGUCUGUUUGGGAGCAUCAGAGAGGAAUGCAGACAUUUAGGUGGCACCGUAAUGACGCACCGAAAUCUGCGUUGCUAUUCUGUCCGGUAGAUACCGGGCAGCGGUGCCAUAUUAACACCAGAUUUUAACAUGCGCCGUUAA